AUGGAGAUGGCCACGCAUACACUGGCACUCUUCAAGACUCAUGGCGGUGUAUGUGGCUGUCCCGACUUCUGGCAGCUCUCUGAGUCCAUCAACCCAACAACACCAGUGGUAGUUCGGGGGUCAGCUGACCAUCAAUCCAGCCGUGUCUUUACCUUGCGCCACAUGUCUACCCUUACUGACGCCGCUGUAGAACCGUCAGCCUUAGCCUCUCCUGCCUCGUCCGGCGCGAUUCCUCAACGCUCACCCACCGAUACGGAUUCUUCACAUACACUACCUCUUCAUUCCACACUUGGACCUAGCUCAAUGUCUCCGCCACCUCCCGGCCAGCCCAAGGAGACUUGCUUCUUCUGGUAUCACGGUGAGUGCCGCCGAGGUGAUAGAUGUCAUCUCGCCCACGAGACUCACAUCACUUGGCCGAUCAGUGUCCCGCCUGGAUACGUCCACCGAAUUCCUUGCGAUCUUCCACUUUGCCCGCUGCGUCACGACAUGGUGGCUUUCAAGGAGGGUACUAGAAAGCGAGAGCAGACAUUCCAGAUUGCUCAACGGGUUCAUGAACGCAGCCGAGAAGAUUCCGAUGUCAGAGUGAUUAACUCACAGGCUUCGUUGAAGGAUAACAGUCCCCGAUCUCACCUACGAGGAAUAAGCAGUGAAGAUUCUUCGUCCACAGAUAGUGAGUCUUCCGAUUCCGACCCCGACUCCACAGAGGAAGGCGUGACCGAGGCGAUAACCAUUUCCGACACACCGAGUGAAAUCUCAUCGUCCGCUCCGUCUCUCACCGCUACCUUGCCGCCAUCGCACACAGAAGAAGAGAAGCCCCACAUUACGUCCAUCAGUCACCCGGGGACGCGGAUUCGCAAACACCCAUUCACCCUAGACCAGAACGGUCACAAGCGGCGUCGUCUCGACGCCGCUGGAGGGCAUUCAGUCUCGUUUCCCACUCACGACAUCCCUUCGAAACUGGAGUCAAUUCCACAUACUUCGUUAGCAACUCAGCACCAUCCAGCCUCAGUUCGCCAACCGCCGAGGGGGCCCAAGACACAGGAGCAGGACUGCAAGAUCUGCUUUUACUGGUACCAUAAAGGCUACUGUAGGACAAAGCUAAGAGGCGGCUACUACCCACGCUGCAAUUACUUACACACUCUGGAUACAGAGGACCAGAGAGUCAGCCUUCCACCAGGCAUUCGCGACCACGAUCCCAACUGUCCACUGCCGCUCUGCCCCGUUCGCUUGCUGGACCAAGGCAAGCUCGACGCCUACCACAAAGCCAUGGAUAACCCGCCCAUCAAAUCAGAGCCCGUUACCCCUCCGAAGGCCUUCAGCGGCCCUGAUCCAAUACCCUACCCUAGCCCACGCCAAGACAUCAUCGCUGCCCGAAGGCAAGUGAGGGGGCCGAAGUUCAACACUCCCGAGCAAACACUCCCGAACCUGACCGGCAAGAAGCGGGCUAGAUUCAACUAUCAGCGAGAGCAGAUAGAGAAAUGGCAGACCGAGAACGGCAUCCAGGAGCUGGGCCGCCGCCUCACGACCAAGGAGAAACGGAAGGAGAGGAAGGAAAAGCAACAAAAGUUUAAGCAGAGACAAAAAGAAGCUCGUAUAAAUAGGAAGAAGGGGAAACUGAGUCGAAGGACCACAACCUCAUGGCACGCGAAGAGAGAAGAGACGGCAGCAUGA